UGGGCCAGGCUCCCAAAUGAACCUCCUUGCACCACACCGUGCCGGGAGCUCCCACUCACACCUCCCCAGUAUAAAGCUCCCCAGCAGCUCAACGCGAGCACAGCCGGGACAGCCCUCGCAGCAGCACCCCAAGACCCCCCCACCCCAAACAGAGGGACUGCAGACCCCGCAGGAGCAACAUGGGCCAGUGCAACUGCCGCAAGAAGCGCAAGGACAGCCAGGAGCUGACCGACGUGGAGCGCGCCAUUGAGACCGUCAUCAACCAGUUCCACUGCUACGCUGUUAAAGGCCAGAAGGAAUACCUGACCCCCAACGAGAUGCGGGAGCUGGUGGUGCAGAAGCUGCCCCACUUGGGGAAGUGUGUUGGACCCCUGGAUGAGAAGAUCGAAUGCAUGGGAGACCCUGAUGAAGCCAAACUGGAAUUUGGGGAAUAUUGGGACAUGAUGGGGGAUGCAGCCAAGGGCUGUCGGAGGAAGUAGGGCCGGGGGGGUGGGAAGGCGCCGCUUCGGCCCCGCGCCGCAAGGAGCUGCUCGGCCCCACAGUGCUGCAGCGAGAGGGACUUUGCUCCUUACCCCCAAACCCUUCAGAUGUGGGGCUCUGGAUCAGCUCUGAUGGCACCGUCGGUGGUUUGGGGGGUGUUUUCUGCCUCCCCCCCCCCUCCAUCUUGGUGGCCACGGUCCCUGCACGGGUUUUUUGGGGUCUCCGUGCCCCCUCUGAUGGCUGCGCUCGGGGUGGGCCGGUGGAGGGAUGUCAGCUGCUUGCGGCACGUGCAACUGUUUUUGUAUAAAUUAAUAAAGGAAAAAAAAUGGAACAAAACAACA